AUGCUGACUGAGUCAGAAACUCUCAAUAACUAUUUACCUUUACAGGGGAAGUUUUUGGAUGCGCCGACCGCGUUUGAUGAGGUUAACGAUCACUUGAAGACGGUGGACGCGCAAAACUGUCGGUCUAAGUCCAAGAGGGACCUUGUGCUGCGGCCAGACACGGUGGCGCAGCUUCCGGUCUACAACGAACUGCUGGACCGGGUGUGGUACAAGAACCGGUCCACCCUGAUUCACUUGCACAACAUGGCCCUAAACCGUGCAAUGUUCUACAGCUACAUCCUGCAGAAGAUGAACGACUCAGCCUCCUUCUACCUGCAGCCUAAUUGGUUGUACAUGUACAUGUCUGUGACAGCUGAUGUCAACGCUAAUCCAUCCAUGGUCAACGGCAGUGCCAUCUACUUUGAUACAAACUGCCACUAUCCUAACUGGUACACGACUGUAAACUUCAACAAGACGCUGCCGCUUUUCGGACCGAAGGCUUGGCGCCAUGAUGACUACCAAGACCAGGACAACAUUCUGCGCGAGCCCACCCACCGGGUGGUGGAGGUGGCGGACUUGGGGGCAGGCAAAAACCUCAAUUACACGAGCCGGCUGUUCAAGAUGAACCCUUGGUACUCCAAAUGGCUCCCUGACCUCAGCGGCGCUUUGGAUUCCUUGACCAAGUUUACCUACUAUGUCGGUAUCAAGUACAGCAACGAAACAGGAAGGUUCAUCAACGACGAGUUUCACGCGUACAACUUUUUUGGUCCCUCCAUGCCCUCGGCAGAAGAGAAGGACGAGCGCUUGCUCCCAGUGGUUUUCACACAACCUUACUUCGACUGUGGCGCCUCCAACAAGUGGGUCGUGUCCACCGUCUCUCCCAUUGUUGACUACAUGCCGCGAUACUCCAACUGGACUCACCUCAGGCGCCAGAGGUAUGUAGGCGUUGUUGUCAUGGAUACCUAUUUCAUGCAUCUGGACUUCAAUGCGUGUGGCGUGAGCGCCGGCAACCCUGGUCCCUCGUACCUGUCAGGUACUCAUCGUUGUCGUCCAACAACAGGGUGCAAGCACAAAAUGGGGUACGGUUUCCGACGUGGCGGGUACAUCUGCCACUGUGCACCCGGCCGGCGCUACCCUUGGUCUAUAGAUCUACCUUACCAAGGUGACAACAUCGAACAAGCUACUGAAGAGGAAUAUCGCAACGGAUUUACGUGUACCCCAGUUAAUUUUCGACAGGUACUUCCGAUGGUGGAGAGACUGAACACCAGCGAUGUUGACGAUGACAUUUAUACAAACAUCGUAAAUAGGAUGAGUACGAAUUCACGGAAUAAACGAUCUGUCAGCACAACAUCUCACUUCAGAAAUAACGGCCACGGGGACCUAUACGAUGGACUUCCUUCGCCAGCCUUAAAAACAAACACAGUACUCCAAAGCUCUGCAGGGAACUCUCAUACCACAAGUACGAUCGCCAUCGAUUCUAAAAGCAAAAAGCGCAGCAAGAGAUCCGCCAUCUAUCAAAUCAACCAGGAGGAUCCCAAAGACAAGGGAGACAAACCUGAGCUGGGGUCCCAUAACUCCGAGGACGAUCCCGAUGUGCGGCCACCGGUGGAGGUCCCUCGUGGAAUGCACGUGGACUGCCAGGCUACGCAUGACCAGAAGCCAAUAUCACGUGACCAGCUCCUGGCAGCCCAGCAGCGUCGUCAGGGUCAAGCGGCGCAGCAGAAGAAGAUAAAAGAGACAACUGCAGCCCCUACUCCGGCCUCCUUACCGAAGGACAGACGACGAAAAAGAGAGCGUCUUGAUGAACAGGCAUUUGAUCGCGUGAUGAGAAUAUUCCGACAAAAGGAGAUGGUUACCAAGGACAACUGCUACACUAUGCCGCGUCACAACCUCCUCCUCGCUGGAGACGUGGCAUACGGCGCCAACAAGCAGUUUGAACCGGAAGCUCGUACAGCUUUGCGUCUUUCCCACUUCCUGUCUAACUUUUUACAGAACAGCGGUCCCAUGGAGAAUUUCGGACACCUGCGUGGAGGGGGACGUCUACACGUGGAACAUGUCUUCGGAGGUCGUCGCUAA